CGGACGUGGUUGUUGGCCUCUGCAGGGCAACACCCCGGCGUCCCUAGAAGCGGGGAGCCGGGGUGGUGCUGGGGAGGGCACGCAGCUGCCGGAGCCGUCGUCCGGAGCCUCCAGGGGUCGGGGACAGGCAUUAGAACCCAGACCAACCAUGGCGGGAAGACCCAUCCGCAUAGGAGACCAGCUGGUCCUGGAGGAGGAUUACGACGAGACCUACAUACCCAGUGAGCAAGAAAUUCUUGAAUUUGCCAGAGAGAUUGGUAUUGACCCCAUCAAGGAACCAGAGCUGAUGUGGCUGGCUCGGGAGGGCAUUGUGGCCCCACUGCCCAUGGAAUGGAAACCAUGCCAGGACAUCACAGGUGACAUCUACUACUUCAACUUUGCCAACGGGCAGUCCAUGUGGGACCACCCAUGUGAUGAGCACUACCGCAGCCUGGUAAUCCAAGAGCGAGGCAAGCUGUCAGCUCUUGGGGCUGUUAAGAAGAAAGACAAGAAAAAGAAAAAGGAGAAGAAAGACAAGAAGGACAAAGAGCCACCCAGAAGUCCCCUGGAAAUGCAACCUGAGCAGGGACUUCUGCCGCCCUCCUCCUUCCUCCGUGGCCCGUGCGCGCUCCCAGUGCCUGGGCUUGCUGACCUGGACCUAGACCGCGAGAUGCAGGCCAGGAGUGAGAGCUUGUUUAGGAAAGCACAGAGCCCGUGCAUGCUGGGGGACCACCCCUGGCCCCUCAUGGACACCCUGCCCAGCAAGCUGCAACCUCUUUCCAAAAACCAAGCUUCCCUGUCCCCCCAGGUCUUUGCUGACAUGGAGAAAAUCUUAGUCAGGGGCCCCGCUCCAUACAGGUCAUUAGGGGACCCCCAGGACCUGGAGAGGCCCCAGAUGCUGGCAGAGAAAAUGUACCUGGGGUUUUCAGACCCUGAAAUAGAAGAGCUGGAGAUGAGGGCAAGGCAGCAGAGGCCAGGUCUGCUGGGCCCCGAGAGCAGCAGGCUCCCCUUGAGUGGGGAGGGGAUGUUAGAGAGCCCAAGCCAGGCCUCCAUCCACUCUCGGCUCCUGGGCGCCCUUAGGGGGAGCCUGCCACUGAAAGGGGAGCAGCACAGCCCCGGCCUGGCCCCCUUGAGCUCCACGGGCCCCGGGGGGGAUAAGGGCCAGAGCCUUACACCCUUGGUGUCCCCUGAGCAGCAGCCUUCCUUAUCCCCCUGCUCCUCUGACCAUGUGCUGCCCACCCGCAAGAGCAGGCUAUUCUUGUCAGAUAGCAGCCCUGCAGAGGACCAGAGCUGGCAGGGGGUUUGUGGGGAAGGUGGGGGUCUGGGCAGGGGGAGGAGGAGGAGGGAGCCCCCAGAACUGUGGAUGGGUCAGGUCUCCCAACUUGUCAGCAAGCAUGCCCCCAGGAGCUGUGAAGACACAGAGCCGGGUGAUGCUGAGGCUCCGGGCAUCACUCCCCAGCUCUGCAUUCCCUCUGCUGGGCCCCCACCUCAGGGACUCUUCCUCAUGCCCCCUCACAGCCUAGCCUCAGAGCCUGCUCAGAGAGGCCCUUCCGGGACUGCCCAGGCAGCCUCCCCCAGUGAGACGAGGCAACUCGCAGAGUCUCCAGAGUCCCCUGAGAAAAGCAUGAAUCCCAGUGUGUCUGGGCCUGACUUGGAGCACAACCUGGCCACCAACCUAGGCUUGCAGAUCCUGGGGAAGUUGGGCAGUUUCCCUUGGGACGUGGAGGGUGCCCUGGCCUCUGAGCAGGGCCUGGAUCUGCUGGAUCCCAACCCCAAAGAGCAGCACGGCAGCCCCUCCUCUGAGCCCCUACUAUCCCACUUGCCGAGUUCCGGGGACGAGCAGUCUGACAGCGAAGACUACUCGGAUGACCGGCGGUUCUACCAGCACAUCCUGCAGAUGGUCAAGAUUUCCCGGCGGCUGGAGGGCCUGGGGCUGCCCGGGAGCGUGGGGCAGGAAGUGCCGUGCAGAGACGUCGCCAGCUUGGUGUGCUGCAUGGCAGCUGAGUCUUCCAGGCUGCUGGGCCAGGGCGAGCACGAGGCCAUCAGAGCUGAGCAGAGGGACACAGGGUUUGUGAGCUGGGGACCAGAGCUGCCAGAGCCUCCUCCAGAGGCCGCCCUCAGCUCUGCUGGGCAGGAGGCCUCCCCACAAGCUGGUGCCCAGCCCAGCGGCAGCCCCUUCGGGCAACAGGGGCUAGACGAGCCGAGCCCCAGCAGAGGGCCCACUGCAGAGCCAGGCAGGACACAGCUUCUCAACCAGGCCCCGGGCUCCUCGUUAGCCCCGAUCCACAUUCCCCCAGGGGGCCUGGCUCCAUUACGAGGUCCCGUGGAUGGCCCCCCCUCUGCACUGCGCGGGCCUCAAAGCUCAAGCCUGGGCAACUCGGUGGAGACCAGGCAGCCUGAAGAACACAAACUGCCUUCACAGGGUCUCAGGACUUCUGCUUCCCAGAAGGAUCUCCUGGACUCCAUGCACGAGACCAAGAAUGCUCUGGGCCUUCUGGCAUUAGGGGAGGAGGCCAAUGAAGAGGAUGAAGUGGAGAGUGACAACCAGAGUCUCCGCAGUUCCACUGAGCUCCUUAAGAACCUGCACCUGGACCUGGGGGCACUGGGGUGUGACUUUGAAUAUGAGGUAAGAGAGUCCCCACGGACAAGCCGGCCGGAGGAGAAGGACGCGCCUCUCAACUCAGAUGUUGCCGGCCCCCCUACUCCUGGCAAACUCUUGAGCCACUCUAUAGAUAGCAGCCUGAGCAGUGACGAUGGCAGAGGACGACAGGAGAGGGUGGAGAGGACCUGGCCCCCUGCAAAAGAAAAAGAAAAGAGCGAGAAGUAUGACCUCGGGACUCCUGGGAGCCCUGCGACUCUGGGGGUGGACCCCAGGGAUGAUGAGCCUGGCAGAGUCAGCGUGGAAGUGGCCCCCGAGGCCCCAGUGGUUGCUGUGGAAGAGGCUUCCAGGAAGGAAGCAGUGGCAGAAGAGCCAGUGAGGGAGGCCUGCACCCCCAAAGAGUGCCAGUCGGAUGGCAGUGAGGUGUCAGACAUUAGUGAACUUGGGAAGAAGCUCCAGCGCUCAGAGUCCUCUGCUUCUGACUACAGGUCCUUCCUUGGCCGGGACUUUGGCUUCCGGGGCCUGCUGGACGUCAGCACGCUCUCUCCGGUCCAGGAUGGAGCUCGCUGGGAGGCCCAGAGCUUGGGGAGAGAAGAUAAGGAAGACAGCCAGGGCAGCCCGGAUGAGCAGCACAGCCCGCGGCCCGGAGGCUCGGAGAGGCUGUCCUCUCCACUUGUGCACGAGACAUGGCUCCAGGGUCCCCUCCAGAGCCAGGCCAAGGAGGACGGGCCCGAGGGGCAGCCCGAGCAGAACGGGGUGGAGGAGCCCGAGGAGGACUCUGCAAGCAGCCCUCUCUUGCCGCUCUCUCUGCAGAGGGAGGAAGCCCCCAGCCCAUCUAGUGAUCCUGAGAGGGGCAUGGAGCAGCAGCCCCAGGCAGAAGAGUUCGAGGAGAAGGAGGCAUUCAGCCUCACCCCGCCUGACUCGCCAGACUUAGAGAAGAGGGCAUGCCACACAGUGCUGGGCCACCCAGGGAGAGAGCAGAGCUGGCCAGGAGAGCACGGCCCCCAGCCUGUGUCGGAGCUCCCCUGGGAAGGGCUGAGCAAGGCAGGGCAACCUGCAGAGCCUGCCGCCCCCCCUCAGCAGUUGUCAGUGGCUGCUCUCAAGGCCAUGGAGGAGGUGGUGGCCCGGGAGCUGGAGGAAGAGCAGCAGCGGCUUCUGGAAUUGAAGCACGAGAAGUUGCGGCAGCUGCGGGAGAGGCUGUGGCGGGAGCAGGAGGAGGAGGCGCUGCAGCUGCACCAGCAGAAGGAGCAGUCUCUCAGUUUCCUCAAGGAGCGGCUGCAGAAAGCCAGCGAAGAAGAGGAGGCUCGGCUGAGGGAGGAGGAGAGUCAGAGGCUGUCCCAGCUCCGCUCACAGGUCCGGUCAAGCGCAGAGGCCGAUGAGGGCCUGCUCAGGGCCUCGAAGGAGGCUUCUCUGCAGAGGUUGCGAGAGGAGCUGGAGUCUGUGCAGGAGGCCGAGAGGGCCAGCUUGGAAGCAAGGAACAGGCAGGUCCUAGAGCAGCUCCGGGGAGAGAGAGAGGCGUCGGAGAGGAGAGAGCAGGCUGCUCUUGAGGCUGAGAAGGAGAAGGCCCUGCAGCAGUUGAGGGAGCGGCUGGAGACGGAAAGGAGAGAAGCAGCAGCCGUGCUGGAAAAGGAACAUCUGGUAGAGCUGGAGCGGCUGUCUUCCUCCUUGGAGGCCAAGCACAGAGAGGUGGUCGCUGGCCUCCAGAGGAGGAUGGAGGAGGUGCAGCUGCAGGAGAACCUGGGCUGGGCGGGGCAGCGCGUGCAGCAGAUGCUGGAGUAUGGGCAGGAGCUCAGCGCCCUGAUGAGGGAGAAGCGCCAGGAGGUGGAGCGGGACCAUGAGAGGAAGCUGGACAAGAUGAAGGAGGAGCACCAGCAGGUGGUGGCAGAGGCCAGAGAGCAGUACGAAGCCGAGGAGAGGAAGCAGCGGGCUGAGCUCCUGGGGCACCUGACGGGGGAGCUGGAGCGGGUGCACCAGGCCCACGAGCGGGAAGUGGACACAGUGCGGCGGGAGCAGGAACGGCAGCUUGAGGACCUGCGGCGGCGGCAUAGGGAGCAGGAAAGGAAACUCCAAGAUACAGAGCUGGAACUUCAAACCAGAACUACAGAUGUCAAGGCCAGGUUGGCUCAGCUGGAUGUGCAGGAGGAGAGUGCCCGGAAAGAGCAGCAGAAGCUCCUGGACUUGCAGAGGCAGGUGGCGCUGGAGAGCAAGGAAGCCCUGGCCACCCACCAGCUCCUGGAGGAGGAGAAGAAGGAGUAUACCCACCUGCUGAAGUCAACCCGGUAUCUGCGGGCCUGCAAGUUGGAGCUAGAGACCCAGGUGGGCGUGCUGCGGAGACAGUGUGAGCAGCUGCAGACAUGCAUCAGCGACCUGGAGGCUAAAAUUCAGAGGAUGCGGGAGGUGUCCCUGAGGUGCGAGCCCAGUCUCCAUAUUGAAGACCUACAGAAGCCCCUGGAGACGAGCAAAGAGGCUCCCUCUUCUCUUACCCAGAACCAGGAGACCGACCUGUGUAAGGACAAUGUCCAGCACUACCUCUCCACAGAAGGGCUGGCCCUGCGGAAUGCCAAGGAGUUCCUGGCGUGGCAGACACGUUCCAUGAGGAAGCGGCAGACGGCGCUCAAGGCCGCCCAGCAGCUCUGGCGACAAGAGCUGGCCAGUGGCCAGGAUGGGACCAUGGACCCAUCGGGCAUCCAGGCCCUGGAGGAGGAGAACAGGCACCUGAGUGAGAUGAAGUCGGCUGUGAGGAGAGGCCACAACCUGCUGAGGAAGAAAGAGGAGAAGCUACACCAGCUGGAGUCGUCUCUGUGGGAGGAGGUGACAGAGGACGACCCAGACCUGAGAGGAGCCACCAAGAAGGUUGUGACCUUUGACCUCAGCGACACAGAGGACCCGAUCAGUGACAGUUCCGAGUCCCUGAAGCUACCUCAGAGUAAGUGGUGGGGCGACCACCUGCACAGCUCUCUGCAGCAGAUCAGCAGCCAGCUUGCCAACGUGCUCAGCCUUCUGGGCAGCCUCAGUGCCCGGCCACCACCCUUCUGCUCCACGCCAGCGCCACCCCCUCCCCCCCGUGCCUCAGCCUCCACCCCUGCUGCUUCCAUGUCCAGCCGCUGGGCCUGGUCCCCGGAGAUGAGCCCCCAGCGCUCCCCCUCCAUCACCCAAACUGUGGACGACUUCCUGGUGGAGAAGUGGCGCAAGUACUUUCCAACUGGUGUCCCACUCCUCAGCUGCGGCCCUGCCCCCGUGGAGAGCAGAUUGGGCUACGUGUCUGCCAGGGACCAGCUCCGCCUCAUGCAGCGCCCCCACUCCCAGGCACCCCCUGGGAGCAGUGCCAACUUUCAGGGCAUGUUGGAGGCCAACCGGAAGUGGCUGGAGCAUUUUAGGAAUGACCACAAGUCGUAUCCUUCUGGCUGCACUCCCAGCCCCUUCCUCCUGUAGAUGCGGUACUCGUGGGACCCCGUUUGGUGACCUCAGUUUUCCUUCACUUUGUCAUGAUCUCUCUCCUCAGUGCCCAAGGCCACCCCAGGCCUCCUGCAGCUGGGCCUGGAUGAUCACAACAGACUGACCGUAUAUCACUACAACUGAGGCCCCAGGUCCCCACUGAUCUCCCCUACCUCAGCCUGCGGAGAUGGCUUUUUUUAAUGUUCCCUCUUAACUCUCUCAGGAUUGGGCUCUUUUGCCCAGAACUGGAGGCUGCAGGGCCUCCAGUGAGAUUCUUAGGUCUCAAGCACACAGCCUUUGAGGAAGCCGGUGAGCUGUCAGUAAAGGUGGUUCUUGGCUUUCUUUUUUUUAAUCACCCUGGUGGGCUGGCUCGACCCCAUUUCUCUGCCCCGUUGUUUAGAGACAAUAGUGGAGGCUUUCUGUUUAAACAAAGGGGCCAUUCUUACAACUGCAGCAUAUCGAAGCCAGCUCACUACUCUGUCUCCUACUCACUCCUUUGUAGGUAUCUGUCUCCCACACCUAAGGAAAGUCCCUGUAGUUCUCCAGUUCAUUCUGUGUGCCUUGGGACUAGCUCCUGUGUAUCCUACAUGAAUUAAAUCUCUGCAGGUCCGUUUUCUCCAA